UCUUCCGGGUGGGGCCCCGGGCCGAGGUGAUGGCGCCUUUGGCGCGCCUCAACCCUGGGGUCCUGGUGCGAACGGGGCACACCGUGCUGACCUGGGGGAUCACGCUGGUGCUCUUCCUACACGAUACCGAGCUGCGGCAAUGGGAGGAGCAGGGAGAGUUGCUCCUGCCCCUCACCUUCCUUCUCCUUGUGCUGGGCUCCCUUCUGCUCUACCUGGCUGUGUCACUCAUGGACCCGGGCUACGUGAACAUCCAACCUCAGCCCCAGGAGGAGCCAAAGGAGGAGCAGACAGCCAUGGUUCCUCAGCCCAUCCCCCUGAGGCGCUGCAGAUAUUGCCUGGUGCUGCAGCCACUGAGGACCCGGCACUGUCGGGAGUGCCGCCGCUGUGUCCGCCGCUAUGACCAUCAUUGCCCCUGGAUGGAGAACUGCGUGGGGGAGCGCAACCACCCACUCUUCGUGGCUUACCUGGCCCUACAACUGGGGGUGCUUCUGUGGGCCCUGUAUCUGGCAUGGUCUGGCCUCAGGUUCUUCCAGCCCUGGGGCCUCUGGUUCCGGUCCAGUGGGCUUCUUUUCGUCACGUUCCUACUACUGUCUCUCUUCUCGUUGGUGGCUGGCCUGCUCCUGGCCUCACACCUCUACCUUGUGGCCAGCAACACUACCACCUGGGAGUUCAUCUCCUCUCACCGAAUUGCCUACCUCCGCCAGCGCUCCAACAAUCCCUUUGACCGAGGCCUGAUCCGAAACCUGGCCCAUUUCUUCUGUGGAUGGCCCUCAGGGUCCUGGGAGACCCUCUGGGCUGAGGAGGAGGAGGAGGGCAGCAUCCAGGCUGUGUAGGAUCACUGGAGGCAGAAUCACCAUCUCGUGCCUGAAACCUACCAGGUUCUGCCUGCAGUU